GAAACGAACUACCAAGAAACAAACAAUUUAUUGAGAAACGAAAAUUAAAAAUAAAAUAAAAAAUGAUUAUUAAGACAUUUUUAAUCUCUCACUAACAUAUGUAUUAUUCCAAAUUGAUACCAUUCUUUCUAGUUCUUAUUGUGAUCGCUAUCGUUCUAGUCAUCUUUAUCUUUCUGAAUCCGCUCAAAUUAAAUCGGAAAAAUGCCCAUUCAUUUUUAAUUCAUAAAAUUUGAGGUGAUUGUGUAAUUUUUUCCAUAAUUAUAUAUGCAACAGGGUGUCCCACAUCAUACAAAGCAUUGGAAUUUCUUAGAUACAAAUAAUUGAAAAAUUUGAAAUUAUCGAUAAAAAUGAGACGAUAAAUCAAUCGAUUUAUGAAUGUUUAAGCUUGGACAAAAACAAUUAUGAUUUGGGGCGCCCUGAAGAUAUCUAUAUUGUUGUUGUUAACAUUGUUGUUAGAUAGUUAACAGUUUUUAAAAUUUGACCGUCAUGUCAAUUCUAGACACUCUUGUGCUCUCUUGUUAUUAUUCCUCUUUUUCUCUUAAAAUUAAGAAAUGAUACUCUUCAGACUCAAGAUGCCGGAAAAAGAAAAGAAUGAUAGAGAAGUUCAAAUUAGGCUGAAAACUGAACUGAAAGUGUUUGGUGUUGAAGAUUCUCCUUUUUCUGUUCCCUACACCAUAGACCCUGCAGGCUUAAACAGUCUGGUCAAGGGAUUACUAACUAACUUUGAUUAUGUUCCUGAAUUCGACUGGAUAUGCUUUAAUGAUAUUGUUCGAGGGAAACUUUCGGAGCAUUUAAGUGACCGCGAUGAUAUAUCAACUGAAAGUAUUAUUGUUCUGGAGUAUGUUGAGAAGUGCGAAGCUCCUAAACCAGAAAAUGCCGCGAACCAUGAUGAUUGGGUUAGCGCCUGCAGAAUAGAGGGUGACCUGGUUCUCACUGGUUGUUAUGAUAAUACUGUUAAUAUUUGGAGCAUCAGUGGUGAGAAAAAACUUGUUAUUCCUGGACAUACGGGACCUGUAAAGGCUGUAGACUGGAUAGAGAGAACAGAAACUGGUGGAACAUUUGUCUCAGCAUCUCAUGAUCAGAAGUUAAAUAUUUAUACUUGGAACUCAGAAACUAAUUCAAUAGAGAACUUAAAUACUUGCAGAGGUCAUGAGAGAAGCGUUGAGUGUGUAGCGGUCAGUCCUAACAAGAAAGUGUUUGUAUCUGGUAGUUUUGACAACACGUUGAAGGUCUGGGGAGCUGUUCCUGCUGUCGAAGAUGACCGAGAGGGAAGUACAGAAGCAAAGAAAUCACGUGGGAGCGCCGGCAGGGCUGUUACAAGAACACCGCUCAAAACCUUCGGCGGGCACAAGGAGGCGGUCGGCGGCGUGGCCUGGAUGGGUAACGGGGAGAUAGUUUCCGUAUCUUGGGACCAUACCAUCAAAAUAUGGGAGCUGGAGUUGGGUGGUCUUAAAACAGAACUUGUGGCCAAUAAAGCACUGUUCAGUGUGUCUGUGGGCGGAGAGCGGAAUGAGUUGUUGUUAGUGGGAGGGGCGGAGAGAUCUGUCCGCCUGUACGACCCAAGAGCUGGGAAUGAUGUAAAAGCAGCUUACACAGCACACACUGGUUGGAUUACCUCCGUAAACUGGUCUCCCACCUCACCAAUACAUUUUGCGUCCUCAUCUCAUGAUUCUACUCUCAGGGUUUGGGACACGCGCAGUUGUAGAACUCCACUUUACGACCUUCAGGGACACACAGACAAAAUCCUGGCUUCUCAUUGGCGGCCUGGACACAUAGUUUCCGGUGGAGCUGAUAAUCAGCUGAAAUUUUACAAAAUGGCCGCUGAUCUCAAGUAACAUUUUUUCAGAA